AUGAGAGACAGAGGAAAAGCUCUGGAUUCAACCAACAACAACAACAAUGGCGACUUGUUCCUCCACGACGACUCUGCCUCUUACCUCCCCUGCAAGCGACACCCUUCCUCUUCUUCCCCUCCCGUCGGAAUCUGCCCUCACUGCCUCAAAGAACGCCUCCUCACCCUGCUCUGCUCCGAUUGCGGCGAGCAGCGCCUCUCUUCCUGCUCCUGCGGCGAAAUCUCCCCCAAUCGCGCCUCCCAUUCCAGCAAUUCCAAUCUGGAAGUGGGCAGCGUCGGCCGGGUCUCCUUCCUGAUUGAGAACGAUGCUCAGUCUCAGCCUUCCAGCAGUCUUAAGCGAUCGAAUUCCAGCAAACCGCCGCUGCAGCCGCCGUCGGCGGCUGCAGCGGAAGUUCUGAUCUUGAAGCGGAGCAGCAGCAGCUGCGUGGAGAUCAAGCGCCGGAAAGGCGGGUUCUGGAAAAUCGGGAGGUUCUUCACCAGGAGGUCGAAGGACAAGGUGGGUAGUGGAAGCGGUAACGGAAUUCCGCACAGCGUCGCCGGGAUUGAAGACCGGAACGGCGACCUGUGGGUUCUCGACGGAGAUUACGCGGCUGGCGGUGGGUGCGGCGGGAUGGUUUCGAGGUCGAGAUCGUUGUGCAGCUUCAGGGGCGGCGGCGGAGGCGGGUUUUUCGCGGGGUCGGAGGACGGGACGUAUUCAGGGGCGAGAAGCUCUGUUUCCGGCGCCAGGAGCUCCAUCUCCGCCGCACGGAGCUCCGGGUUCAACGGGCUGGUUUUCGACCCGGACAGGAAAAGCGGGUACAGCGAGUCCGAGCCCAGGAAGAGCGGGUUCGAUGUCGUCGAGAAUCAGAAGAGGGAUUACGCGAUCCCGCGGGGUUUUUCGCUCCGCGAAGGCAAUUUCACGACCGCCGUCGACGACUCGGGAUUCAUCGACCUGAAAUUCGACUUCCAGCCGCCGUCGGAAUCGAAGCCGCCGCCGACGGAGGCGGGAGAGUACGGGAUGGCGGGAGGAGAUGGAAACGGCGGGUCGUUUCGGGUGUCGGUGAGUGACAGAGGGAUUAAGCGGAGCCGGAAGAGCUUCAAGAGCUGGAGAUGGAUUUUCCGGCAACACCACCACAACCACCACCAUCAUCAACAUAAUCAUAGUAGUAGUAGUAAUCAUGACAACAAUAAUCACCAUCUGGGUGCGAAAGGGGAACAGAAUAAUGUGGUUAAUUCGAUGUAG